UCCUAGCAGUGUUAUUGCUGGGUCAUAGGGUAGUUCUAUUUUUAAUUUAAGAGAAUCAUAUUAUAUUUCACAAACUAUAAAUUUAUAGUAGCUUAUGAUUACUAUCAAUCAUGUUUGGUGUUGAAUCAUUCAUUAUAAUUAAUCUAAGUUAUUUCAGUUUCAAUAAGAGUAUUCAAUAAUUAUCUACUACUUUUCUUUUUUAUAUUUUUAGGAAGAAAUAUAAAUGAGUCAUCAUGAAUUGGGCUAAUGAGAGCUCUGCAAGAGAGUUUAUACUACUUGGCUUCUCAGACAGGCCCUGGCUACAAAUGCCCCUGUUUGUGCUUCUAUUAAUAUCAUAUACAUUCACCAUCUUUGGCAAUGUGUCCAUCAUGAUGGUGUGCAUUCUGGAUCCCAAACUUCAUACACCCAUGUAUUUCUUCCUCACUAAUCUCUCCAUCUUAGAUCUGUGCUAUACCACAAGCACAGUCCCUCAUAUGUUGACAAAUAUUUGUCGCAACAAAAAGACCAUCAGCUACGGUGGCUGUGUGGCACAGCUCAUCAUCUUCCUGGCCCUGGGAGCUACUGAGUGUCUCCUCCUGGCUGUCAUGUCCUUUGACAGAUAUGUGGCAGUCUGCAAACCCCUGCACUACGUAGUUAUUAUGAAUCAUUGGUUCUGCGUAAGGGUGGUAGCCUUCUCGUGGUUCACUGGCUUUGGUAAUUCAGUGUUGCAGUCUUCCUUGACCCUUAACAUGCCACGCUGUGGUCGCCAGGAAGUGGACCACUUUUUCUGUGAGGUGCCUGCCCUUCUCAAGUUGUCGUGUGCUGACACAAAGCCUAUUGAGUCUGAGCUCUUUUUCUUUAGUGUAUUAAUUCUGCUAAUUCCAGUGACAUUGAUCCUCAUUUCCUAUGGCUUUAUAGCUCAAGCAGUGUUGAGAAUCAGGUCAGCAGAAGGACGACGAAAAGCUUUUGGGACAUGUGGGUCCCACAUGGUUGUAGUGUCUCUCUUUUUUGGUACAGGCAUCUACAUGUAUCUACAACCACCUUCAUCCACCUCUAAGGACUGGGGAAAGACGGUUUCCCUCUUCUACGGGAUCAUUACACCCAUGUUGAACCCCCUUAUCUACAGCCUUAGAAAUAAAGAUAUGAAGGAGGCCUUCAAGAGGGUGAUGACAAAAAUCUUUUUCUGUAAGAAGUAA